GCAGGCGCGGCGGGGCCGUGCGCGGUGGCAGGUUUGAACCGCGGCGGGCGCUGCGAGCUCCCGGGCUGUGCCGCCAAUGGAGCCCGUCCUGAAAGGUAUUUCUGCCUUUGUAGAAGUUUGGUCAUCUAACAGAACAGAAAAUUACUCAAAAACCUUCGAACAGCAGCUUCUUGAUAUGGGAGCAAAAGUUUCAAAAACUUUGAACAAGCAUGUGACCCAUGUAGUCUUCAAAGAUGGACGUUUGACUACAUGGAAAAAAGCACAGAAGAUGGGUGUAAAAAUAGUUUCUGUACUUUGGGUGGAAAAGUGUCGAGAAACUGGAGUCCAUGUUGAUGAAUCCCUAUUUCCUGCAGUAGACACUAAUGAAGGAUUUCUUCUACCAACCAAAAAACACAAAUGUAUGCAGCCAAAAGACUAUGUUGAAAAAACUCCAGAAAAUAAUAGAAAGCUUCAGAAAAGACUGAACCAAAUGGCUAAAGAAUUAGCUUUACAAAAGACAGCAGUUAAUGCUGAAACAGAUGUACCAGUUUUAUUAUUUGAAGACAAUGGUUCACUUAUAUACAGCCCUGCUAAUAAGAUAAAAGAUCAGUGCAAUGCAAUGGAAAGAAGAAUAAAGGAUAUGAAGGAAAAAAGAGAGAAUCUUUCUCCUACUGAAGAACAAAAGGAAGACUGCUUGAACUCAAGUUGUGAAUAUCUUUGGAGAGCGAAGAAGUUAAAGAGACAGAGAACAGAGGUAGCAGAACAUGCUUCUCAUACUUGGACUGAUAUUCAUGUAUCCAUGAGCGCAUCAGUGAAUUCUCCAUCACAUGGCAAUGAGCAGAAGAGCUUAACACCAAAACAACAUGCUGAAAGUUUAACAAAGAAACAUAUUAUACAGCACACUUGGGAUGACAGAUUGUCUUUAGGAAAGAAACGUUUAAAGUUUUCCAAGAAAAAUCAGAAGAACGAGAAGAGCAUGACUAGUUCAAUUGCAAAUCAAAGUUCUCUUCUCGAGGGCUUUGGUCAUAUCACUCCGUCUAAAAAAAUAGUCCAGUUAAGUACUGUUUCUGCUUUGAUUGACAGUCUCUCUAAUUCACCUAUGAGUAGUGAAGACUUAAAUACAUGUUCACUGGAUAAAAGCUUCCCUGUUGACAGAAAUGAUUGUCUUCUGGAACAUGAGAAGAGGAAGAAACUACAAACAUUACCAAAUUUGAAGCUGGCUACCUCAGAACUGGGUGCAUCAGACUCUAAGGAGUUCUUGCAAGCAGUUACUCUGUAUAGCAAAUCUUACUGCACUGAAGACACUUCUUACGAAGACUUCUUUUCAUCAUCUAAUUCAAAUGAAAAUGAAGUACAGUUACAAGUACCAAAGAAAUCACAGAAUCCUCCUGAAGUUUGUUGCAAAGCCUCUUUUACAAGCAUGGACCUACACGAUGUGAGUUUCUGUGAGCCACAUAACGCUACUAAGAAAAGUAAGAUGACAUCUAUUUCAGUGAAUGAUUUUCCAAUAAUGAAAAAAAUCAAACCAGGUAAACAUCCAGGAAGCAUACCAUUAAAUAUAUCAGAUGGUGAAAAAGAUGACACUGGAGAAGCUCUUGAUGCUGAUGAUGUGAAUAGGCUGCCACAGCAUGCUCAUGAAAAAUCCUACAACAGUAUAAAUGACUGUGCUCAUACUACUGGUGGUGAAAAUGAAAUCUCAGAGUGUCAUGUUACUGAUGACUCUUGCAAAGUUUUUAACAAACGAAAGAAUAAGCACACUGAGGGCUUGAGAAAAGCUAGAAGACUCCAAAAGCCAACAAGAACACUAGUUAUGACAAGUAUGUCUUCUGAGAAGCAAAAUACAGUAAUUCAGGUCGUGAAUAAACUUGGAGGCUUUUUGUUCUCAAAUGAAGUGUGUGAAACAACAAGUCAUGUAGUUACUGGGAGUCCUCGUCGUACCUUGAAUGUUUUACUGGGAAUUGCUCGUGGGUGUUGGAUUGUUUCUUAUGAAUGGAUUCUGUGGUCUUUGGAAUUAGGCCAUUGGAUCUCAGAGGAACCAUAUGAGCUUUCAUCCAGCUUCCCUGCAGCUCCUAUCUGCAGGCUUCAGCGUCAUCUAUCAACAGGAAAGUACCAGCAGAAUCUCUUUUCAAACCAGCCUGUCAUGUUUGUAUCUCCUUCCAGUCAGCCACCCUGCAAAAAGCUAAUUGAACUUAUACAGCUGGCAGGAGGGAAAAUAUGUAAAGCCUUACGUCAGGCAAAAAUCUGCAUAGGAGAAAAGCCCGGAAAGAAGUACCAGGAAAUAAUAUCUUUAUCAGAAAAAUGGGUAUUAGAUUCAAUCACUCAGUAUACAAUAUGUCCUAUGGAAAACUACAUUUUUCAUAUGUGAGCUAACUCAAGAACUUCCAUAUGGUCGUAUGGAAACACGCCUAGCUUGGAUUCAACCAAAAAAUAAGCUGCAAAGGAAAUUCCCAAGAAAAUGCAAGCUACAUACUUAUAAAUAAGGAACAAUUUCUGUAUUUUUAAUACUUGUGCAAGUGUUCAUCUUGUGAAACCUUUAGGUUUUGAAAUAAAGUAUUUCCCUAAUAAAAGUCAU